GCCGAGCGUCUGGCGUCGAGGCUACGCCUCACGGCGGCCCUGCGCGCCGUGGUGCGAACCCCGUUUUGUUUCCGUUGUUGCUACCUCCCUACGUGCGGAGCACAGUUCCGUUCAGUAGCAUCCUCAAUCUCAUAGAUUUUGUAUCGAAGGAGGGUACUUUUAUCGCAAGUCGCUACAAAUUGAACAUUCAGAAUGAGCACUCGAGUAUUCGUUGGUGGAUUAACGUACCGGGUGAGAGAGCGCGACCUUGAGAAGUUCUUCCGGAAAUAUGGUAGAAUCAAGGAGGUCGCUAUGAAGAAUGGAUUUGCCUUUGUGUAUGGUAGGGACAAGAGUCUAUGUGGUGGGCUUCCAUACGGCACCAGGGAAAGAGACCUUGAGAGAUUUUUCAGAGGCUACGGUCGGUUCCGUGAUGUCCUCAUCAAGAAUGGUUAUGGCUUUGUUGAAUUCGACGACUAUAGAGAUGCUGACGACGCUGUGUACGAAUUAAACGGAAAAGAACUUUUAGGCGAAAGAAUUACUGUAGAGAGGGCCCGGGGGACACCUAGGGGUAGUGACCAGUGGCGCUAUGGUGACUCCCGUGGUGGUUAUGGGGACUCGAGGCGAUCUGCCCGAGACGAUAUGCGGCACGACAGAGAUAGUGUGAACAGAAACACGAGGACUGCAUCUAGCUACAAGCAAUCAUUGCCCAGAUACGGCCCACCGACACGCACCGAAUAUCGCUUGACUGUGGAAAAUUUAUCAAGUCGUGUCAGCUGGCAGGAUUUGAAGGAUUACAUGAGACAAGCUGGAGAAGUGACAUAUGCUGAUGCUCAUAAGCAACGUAGAAACGAAGGAGUUGUCGAAUUCGCGACAUAUUCCGACUUGAAGAAUGCUAUCGAUAAAUUAGACGACACAGAAUUGAAUGGCCGCAGGAUCAGGCUCAUAGAAGAUAAGAGACGUGGACGUCGUUCAAGAUCCUCUAGCUCGCGAUCGCGGUCCCGAUCUCGAUCUCGAUCACAAGCCGUCGCAGUUCUCGUAGCCACAGCCGUCGUAGCACCCGUUCCAAGUCAAGAGCACACUCGAAGUCCAAGUCCAAGUCUAAAUCCAAAUCCCCCGAGCGUAGUCGUUCACGCUCAAAAUCCAAAUCAAGAGACCGCUCAAAGUCGAAAUCUAAGUCAAAGUCCAAAUCCAGAUCUCGUUCUAGGUCCAAGGCUGAGAGGUCAAAGUCCAGGUCGCAGUCCAAAUCCAAAGCCAAGUCUCCCUCAAAGGAUAGGUCGAGCCGCGAACGUUCCAGAGGUGACAGAUCCCGUUCCCGAUCAGGAAGUAAACACAGCAAGAGCCGUAGUCGCUCUCGUUCGCCUAUGAAUGGUGACAAAUCGCCGGAAAGCAGCAAACAGAAAGCCGACUAAGCAGAGAUAAAAAAAAUCAGCAACUAC